UUCAAGCGCUGCUGCUUUCCGCGGCGGAGCGUAAACCUUUCGCGGAGGUUGCGGCGCUUAGGAAGCGCUUUCCCGAGGGGGCCCCGGGGCGGUGAGCGCGCCGAUGGGGCACUGAGCGCGGCCCUUCCGAGGCACCGGAGCCGCUUUCGCUGCUGCCUUGAAAACUUCUCUCUUUCUCCCUCUGUUUCUCUCGGCUCCCCCUCCCCUCUUCCUCCUCCUCCUCCUCCUCCUCCUCCUGCUGGGUGACUCCGCAGCUUUGCUCCCUUCUCGGUCUGCCCCUUCUCGCCCUUCCCGCUGUCCCUUCUCUUCUGCUGCCCAAGAGGAGCGGAGCCUGGUCGCUCCUGCGAGAGAGAGAGAGAGAGAGCAGCCCCCGAGCGGAGUCGUCCGUCGCCGGCCGAUCCCCACGCAGGGAUCCGGCGGUGCGAGCGAGAGAAAGGAGGGAGCGCGCAGCCCCAGGAGCCUGCUCUUAGGAAAUAACCAGGAACAGAAAUGGGGAAACAGAACAGUAAAUUGAGGCCUGAAGUGCUCCAGGAUCUCCGAGAAAACACGGAAUUCACAGAUCAUGAGCUUCAAGAGUGGUACAAAGGCUUCCUAAAAGAUUGCCCCACUGGCCAUUUGACUGUUGAUGAAUUCAAGAAGAUCUAUGCGAAUUUCUUCCCGUAUGGGGACGCCUCAAAAUUUGCAGAGCACGUGUUCCGUACCUUUGACACCAAUGGAGAUGGGACGAUAGACUUUCGGGAAUUUAUAAUUGCGCUAAGCGUUACAUCUCGAGGAAAGCUUGAACAGAAGCUGAAAUGGGCAUUUAGCAUGUAUGAUCUCGAUGGCAAUGGUUACAUUAGCCGUGCUGAAAUGCUUGAAAUAGUGCAGGCAAUCUAUAAAAUGGUGUCUUCAGUCAUGAAAAUGCCAGAGGAUGAAUCGACUCCAGAGAAACGAACAGAUAAAAUCUUCAGACAGAUGGAUACCAAUAAUGAUGGUAAACUAUCUCUCGAAGAGUUUAUAAAGGGUGCCAAGAGCGAUCCUUCGAUUGUGCGGUUGUUACAGUGUGAUCCAAGCAGUGCAAGUCAGUUUUAAUGAGACUCUGGACAGUUUGCAAAGAAAAUUACUGGCUUGUUCAAGCUUUGCUCGUAAUGGAUGCCUUCAACCAUUCCUCGUUGGUUAGUGGAUGAAACUCCGUGGCUGGAUUGUCUCUGUAUCCAAGUGGGGGAAAAAAAGAGAGAGAGAGCCUCACUCUUCUCAUCAGCUGUGAUACGAUUUUUCUUUCCAAUAUCCCAAUUCUCUUUUUUUCACUGCACAUUAUUGUUAGGACUCCCCGUACACAUUUGAGUGUAACCGAAAGGUAUGUUUACAUGCAAGUUAAAAGAGGGGGAAUGGUAUUCCCCUCGGUUAACCUAAAUGGAUGACUUUAGUAACGC